CAUUUAAAUUAAUUUUUUUUAUGAUAAUGUCCACAAACGUGGGCUAUAAAAGGAGGUGAGUGAGGCGAAGAGUGACACAUUAUCUCUUCACAGCACACACACACACAGUUUGAGAGCUCCAACAUGGACAUGCUGUUUCUUUCUCCACUCCAACGUUUGUGUUUGGUCUUUUCCUUGUUGGUGGCCGGAGGGGCAGUCAUCCGGUGCGCCGCGGCUGCAGAUGAGCCUCAAACGGUGCGUUUCAACACCGGAGGCUUGAGUAGAGAGGCCUUUCCGAAAGGCUUCAUUUUUGGAACCGCCACGUCGGCGUACCAGGUGGAGGGUAUGGCCGACAAGGACGGUCGCGGCCCAAGCAUUUGGGACGCUUUCAUCAAAAAACCCGGCAUCGUGGCAAAUAAUGGCACGGGGGAAGUUUCAGUUGAUCAGUACCAUCGCUACAAAGAAGAUAUAGACAUCAUGGCCAAGCUGAAUUUUGAUGCCUACCGGUUCUCAAUCUCGUGGUCCAGAAUUUUUCCAAAUGGAACUGGCAAAGUAAAUUGGAAAGGUGUAGCAUACUACAAUAGGUUGAUCAAUUACCUACUAAAAAGAGGUAUUACUCCAUAUGCAAAUCUCUACCACUAUGAUCUUCCUUUAGCACUUGAGGAGAGGUACACCGGAUUAUUGAAUCGCCAAGUUGUGAAAGAUUUUGCAGACUAUGCAGAAUUUUGUUUCAAGACAUUUGGAGAUAGAGUUAAGAAUUGGAUGACCUUUAACGAGCCUCGUGUGGUGGCUGCUCUUGGUUAUGACAAUGGUUUUUUUGCCCCUGGAAGGUGCUCAAAAGCUUAUGGGAAUUGUUCAGCUGGUAACUCAGGCACUGAGCCUUACAUUGUUGCCCACAAUUUGAUAUUGUCACAUGCAGCUGCUGUUCAAAGAUACAGAGAGAAAUACCAAGAAAAGCAAAAGGGAAGGAUUGGGAUCCUGUUGGAUUUUGUUUGGUAUGAGCCUCUUACGAGAUCAAAGGCUGACAAUUAUGCAGCUCAAAGAGCCAGAGACUUCCAUAUUGGAUGGUUCAUUCAUCCCCUUGUUUAUGGAGAGUAUCCAAGAACGAUUGAAGAAAUUGUUGGGAAAAGACUCCCCAAGUUCACCAAGGAAGAAGUUAAAAUCGUGAAGGGUUCAAUUGAUUUUGUUGGAAUCAACCAAUAUACUACUUACUACAUGUAUGAUCCUCAUCAAUCAAAACCUAAAGUCCCAGGCUAUCAAGAGGAUUGGAAUGCAGGGUUUGCUUAUUCCAAGAAUGGAGUGCCUAUUGGUCCAAAAGCUUAUUCUUAUUGGCUUUACAACGUUCCAUGGGGCAUGUACAAAUCAUUGAUGUACAUAAAGGAACGUUAUGGAAACCCAACUGUGAUCUUAUCCGAAAAUGGUAUGGAUGAUCCGGGUAGUGUGACUCUUCCCAAGGGUUUGCAUGACACCACAAGAAUAAACUAUUACAAAGGGUAUUUGACUCAACUGAAGAAGGCAGCUGAUGAUGGAGCAAAUGUGGUUGGAUACUUUGCAUGGUCAUUGCUAGAUAACUUUGAAUGGAGGUUGGGAUACACAUCAAGGUUUGGCAUUGUCUAUGUUGAUUUCAAAACCCUCAAGAGAUACCCCAAGAUGUCUGCAUACUGGUUCAGGCAGCUCAUUGCCAAAAAGAAGCAUUAGUUACUUCACAGAAUCAUGUUUUAUUGGUUUUGGUUAGUUGAGUUUGAAGUGCUUCUGAAAUUGUAAUCACGUGACUUGAGUAAAGCAAGUCUUAGAAUAAAAUGAUCUUUUACGGCAGUAACUUACUUUUUCUCAUA